UUUCAGUCUCUCAGCGAGUCCAGUCACACUCAGCGAUCCUGUUCUUCAGUGGUCAGAUCAGAGACAUUAUCAGAAGUAAAGGACAUUUCUAAAACAGGCACUUUUAUUAAUUUUUUUGGGACUUGUCGGAACUCAAUAUUCAGGCUUGGUGCUGUGGUGCUCCAGUUCGCUCCUGUUGCUGCUUGUCUUGUCCCCCAGUUCCCCUAAGACACCCCCUGGCGGGAGGAAGAAACUGCUGACCCGCCAUGUUCCUCGCACUUGUGGUGACGCCAGAGCUGAGGGACUUCCUGGCAAGGGCCAGAGGUGGAGCGGUGCGCCUCAUCAAGGUGCGCAUCCAAGAUGAGCAGCUGGUGCUGGGGGCCUUCAGAGAGCCAGAAAGGAGCUGGGACCAGGACUAUGAUCGCUUCCUGCUUCCUCUCCUGGAUGACCAGGAGCCGUGUUACAUCCUGUACCGCCUCGACUCCCAGAAUGCACAGGGUUACGAGUGGAUUUUCAUUUCAUGGUCUCCUGACCAGUCUCCGGUAUGUGAACAAAAGAUGUUGUAUGCUGCCACUCGUCUUCUACUGUUAAGAAAGGUUGGCGGUGGCCAUGUGAAAUAUGAGAUGUUUGGCACAGCCGAGGAGGACAUCUGUUGCUAGGACUACCAGCGUCAUGUGUCAUCGUGCUCAGGCCCUGCCCCGCUCACAUUAGCUGAACAGGAGCUCCAGAGGAUCAAAUCACAGAGGUGAGAGGGCCGAGUUAAACAGGUGAAGACAGAGAUCAGUGUGGAGGGUAAACACCAGACACUUCAGGGCCUUGCUUUCCCUCUGCAGGACACGGCCAAAAGAGCCUUACAGCAACUCGCCCAAAAACGCAUCAACUAUAUACAGCUGCGGUUGGAUACCGAGAAAGAGACAAUUGAACUUUGUCCACCCAACCCCACAGAAACCCGAGCGGACCACAGGGUUCCCAAAGACACUCCCAGAUACCACUUCUUCCUUUACAACUCCCAUGAAGGAGACUACCUGGAAUCUGUGGUGUUCAUUUACUCUAUGCCCGGAUAUAGCUGUAGCAUUAAGGAGCGGAUGUUGUAUUCCAGCUGCAAGAGCCGAUUACUGGAAGAUGUGGAGAAAGAUUAUAAUUUGGAAGUUGCUAAAAAGCUGGAGAUUGAUGACGGAGCUGAACUGACAGAGGAGUUUUUGUACGAAGAGGUGCAUCCCAAGCAGCAUGCUCACAAACAGGCCUUUGCUAAACCCCGCGGCCCUGCAGGGAAAAGAGGACACAAGCGCCUCAUUAAGGGUCCAGGGGAGAAAGUACCGGACAGCUAGAGGUGGACACAUUUCUGAUAUAGCGAGCCUGGAGUUCCCCCCUUCUCAUUUCCCCCGCCCUGUUACGACCUCCUCGGGCCCAGAGGAGCGGACAUGGUGAUGGAGUCCCUCGGCUGUUUGCGCACUGAAACACUUGAGCUAUAUUUUAAACUUGUUUUAACUACCAUUAUGUUGACAAAUGAUCUUUUGGUCUGUCUCUUCUACAGACAAAUCAAAUCACACAAAUAAAUCAAGCACAUGCCUCUAAAGAGGUUAGUGGGAUUAUAAAUUAAAUCUUCCAUACAUCACAAAAUAAAAGAACAGUUUAAUAGACUUGUAGUUGUACUAAGUUGUAAAUGGACGAUUAUGAGGUCUUUCAAUUUUCAUUUUCACACUCUAAUAAAAGUUUUGUAUGAGCAAUGUUUGUACGAAUCACUUAAACACU